CAGGUAGCAAGACCGGUUGUACUUUAGGAAUACGGACAAAUCUUCAUCCUCUGCUCGUGAGGGAGUGUGGGGGGCGGAAUUAGUUGUCUCUUUAAGAAAGUUUGCGCGUAUUAAAGGGCUAAGGCAGAAGCCGCACCGAAGUGUCGCGAGAACCGUAACUACCAGCAACUUCUCGCGAUGUUUGGCCCCACGAAAGGUGGCCAUUUUGGAGUCCCCCCGGCGGCUGGCUGCCCCGGCGGCGUGUCCCAACCUGCUGCCGGGACCAAAGCUGGCCCCGCGGGUGUUUGGCCUGUGGGCGGCCGGACCGACACGAUGUGGCGGCUCCGCUGCAAGGCCAAGGAUGGCACCCAUGUUUUGCAGGGGCUGUCCAGCCGGACCCGGGUGCGGGAACUCCAGGGCCAAAUUGCCGCCAUCACCGGGAUCGCCCCCUGCGGUCAGCGAAUCCUCGUCGGAUUUCCACCCGAGUGCUUGGAUCUCAGCAACGGGGACACCGUUCUGGAGGACUUGCCCAUUCAGUCGGGCGACAUGCUGAUUGUUGAAGAAGACCAAACCAGGCCCAGAACUUCACCUGCAUUUACAAAACAUGGUGCUCCUAGUUACGUCAGGGAAACUUUGCCUGUACUUAGCAGAACUGUGGUCCCAGCAGACAACUCUUGCCUCUUUACCAGUGUGUACUAUGUCGUUGAAGGAGGAGUCUUAAAUCCAGCUUGUGCCCCUGAGAUGAGACGCCUCAUAGCACAAAUUGUAGCAAGUGAUCCAGACUUCUACAGUGAGGCAAUACUGGGAAAAACAAAUCAAGAGUACUGUGACUGGAUCAAAAGGGAUGAUACUUGGGGAGGAGCAAUUGAGAUAUCGAUUUUGUCUAAGUUUUAUCAAUGUGAAAUAUGUGUAGUGGAUACACAGACAGUAAGAAUUGAUCGUUUUGGGGAAGAUGCGGGAUAUACUAAAAGGGUUCUGCUUAUUUAUGAUGGCAUCCACUAUGAUCCACUUCAGCGUAACUUCCCUGAUCCAGAUACACCUCCUCUGACCAUAUUCUCCUCUAACGAUGAUAUUGUUCUUGUACAAGCACUGGAAUUAGCAGAUGAAGCUAGAAGAAGGAGACAAUUUACUGAUGUAAACCGCUUCACCCUAAGAUGCAUGGUAUGUCAGAAAGGAUUAACUGGACAAGCAGAAGCAAGGGAACAUGCCAAGGAGACAGGCCAUACCAACUUUGGAGAAGUGUGAUCCAUGCACAAAUGAGGGUUGGAGCCAGCUACCUCACAGAUCCAGAAGGCUCUGGGUUUUCCAAUAAGCUAUUCGUAACCCUAAAGAACAAAAGGACACAAUGCUUGAACCAUCCUUUUAAAACCACUAAGACACUAAAAUUCCUUGUUAAGAUUAAAAUUAGUGUGCAAGUUUACAGAUGUGUGUCUACAGUGGUGAUACAUGCCCUCUUUCUGCUGGGGUGACAGUGGGGCCACCUACUGACAUUGACUUGAAAAUUGAGUUUUAGUGUUAUAAACUAGUACCCAGCAGCUUUAACUUGUAGAAGAAAACAGCAUCACAUUUUGGGUUAUGUGGAUGGCCUCGUGAGAGGCCACUGGACAUGUACCACAGUGUCUCCAAUAAUAGAGUCCUUUUAAAACUCUGAGUGAGUGAAUAGUUUCUAAAUUAUGAAUUGAUUCAUCAAAUGAAGAUACUCAGAAUUGUCAAAACUGAUUUUAUAUUGCAAUUUGGUAGACUUUAUAAAUGUGUACUUAACCACUUAUAAGUACAUAACAAGCAAUUUUUACAGGGACGAGUCUCUUCCUUGGGAAUGUUACCUAAAAACAGGAACUGAUAGUUCCUUGUUUAAGAUUUCUGGUGUAUAAAAGUAGAAUGUAUGAGGAAAAAGGUGCCUGAGCAGCUUACUGAAGCUUUAAAAGACCGUUGGCCUCGUGUUUUAAUGCAAUUCAUGUAUUGGUCUUUGUCACAUUGGAUGAAAUUUUUAAAUUAAGCAGGGUAUUUUUUUUAAUUGAAAUUCUUUGAAAUUUGAGUGUUCAACUUUUGCUUUUUUACAUAAAAAUUUGUCUGGGGGGAUUUAAUUUUCUCAGCUUUUUGUUAAGAGCACUUCCAAAAAACAUCUCCAUCUGUUUUGAUUUGGUUUUUGUAAGAUCUUUUGCAUAAGUAAACAGUAUUUGUUUUUCUGCUAGCCUUAUCCCUCCACUAAUUUUUUUAAAAUAAUUCCACAUUUUUGCAAAUUAGCACUUUGCUUAUCUGCAAUCUUUGACUUUUGAAGAGUUUUAAAGUAAUUGGGAUUAUACUGUUGAAUGAAUUUGUUUCACUUCCAAAAUAUGAAAGUUUCAAAAUCCUUGCCUUAUUCAGCUUUCUCAGAAUUUUGCUUCUUCCUAAUAUUAGAUGUGUAACCAUUUGUUUGGUGGACUGAUUCACAAGGCACACCCUCUAAAACUUAGCUUCACUACAAGAUCUUCCAGAUAAAAUUCUCUACCUCUUUUCUUAAUUCUUCUGAAGAUCAGGGAUGCAAAAUUAUAAUUUGUUAUGUAUUAUCUCACAUAAUGUGAAGAGGCUUAAUGUUGUGAUGUUUUGUUAUCUUGGUCUCAUUUUUUAUUAAGUAUCUCACUUAGAAAACCAAUGGUACACUUAAAAGCACUUAAAUCUCUUUUGGCAUAUCUUCUUGGCAAAUGUUUUAAAAUUGAGUUUUACUUUUAGCACUUUCACUUGGUGAAGGUGGCCAUGUAAAAUUAAGGAACAUGUGAACAAUUUAGGAGAAAAGUACACUUAAGGAACAAUUCACAAAGUAUGCUUGAAAUCAUCAGAUGACAUUUCUUGAGUAUAUUUUGUGUGUAUAGCUGUUUUAGGCAUUUUAAGCUAUUGUGGUCAGUAUAACUUAAGAGUGUUUAAUUUUCUGUUUUACUGAGCCUUAAAAAUAGCGCUUGUGAGCUUAGGAUACUUAAUGUUUGGCAAUCAUGUACCCGACUCUCAUCUGAUCUAAAUGGGUUUUGUAUCUCUCUUAUUUCCCCCAGAAAAAAUUAAAACUGUAAAUUAAGGAUAUACCACUGGAUAACAACUAUCAAAUUGAGCUUUAUGCAUCAUUCAUAAAGCUCACAAAGCUUGCCUUUCUUUGCUACUUCAGGAGCCAAAUUUGACAUUUGCUUACUGGAAUUUUAGAUCCAGAAGUUUAUUCAUGCAACAAAUAUUUAUUGAGUAAUUUUUACAGUGCCAGGCAUGUUUUGUUAUGUUUCCCAACUUAAAUUUCUGUUACUUUAAAAUUGAAUAUAUAUUAUCUAUAGUGGAUUAAUUUAACAAAUGGAAAGAAAUACAACACUGAUAUUUUACAAAAUUAAACCCCUUCAUUUUAAGUGUUUUGUUUACAUAUUAAGUGUCAAAUAUUUAUACAGGGGAUCUUAUUCCAUUUUAUCUGUUACCUAGGUUGUCCAUUCAGCAGUUGGACACUGAUGCUCAAAUUGCUUUCAAAGAUGACUUUUUAAAUUAAUCAUCUGAAAUUCGGCACUAGUUAACGUAGUGUUCUGAUCAUGAAAAAUUCAAGAUGUAGCAUUAUUUGCAGAUCAUUUGAUUUAGUUGUUGAGGAUUAAAAAUUGAAACUUCUGUUCAUUCUAAAUUCAAGCUUGUAGGCCUCACAAAAUUUACAGGGUUUUUUUAACUACACUUAUUAAACUUGUGAAAUUAGUUAUUAAUGUGAGUAAAGAGAAUUUCAAAAGUAUGGAUUUAGAACUGCAGCAGGAUUAAAAGAAACUUUGUCUUACAUUUGUACUGGAGCAGAAUGAAAUCCUUCUUCCUAUGCAUUCAGUUUUUGUCUGCCAUACAAGAAUUUUGAUCAAAACAAAGACAGUUUACAUUAGUGGCAGAGUGAAUAAAGAUUAUGCUUUCCCACUCUACCCUCCUCCUCUUUUCCCUUAUUCUUCUUUGUAUUAAACAUUAGAUGCAGUGUUACAUGAAGAUACACUCUAGAUAAAGUAGGUUUCAGAAGUUAAACUUAAUAUCCCUGAGAAUUUUAUGGUGUGGUAGCCAUAUGAAGACAUCAGUAUGUUAAUCUUUUGUUAAUAGUUCAUGUUUGAUUUCUUAAUUGUUUCCCAUGAAUGAUAAUUUGGUACAGUCAAGUGAUAUCUUUGAAGCUUGGCUGCUGGUCACAUUGACCCCACUGUUAGGGACUAGCGUAGUCAUACCAGUUGGUUAUUCCAUAAAGUUCCAGCAAAAUCAUAAUCAGGAAUUAAUUAACAUGACGUUAUCUAUCUGUGCCCCUAAGUGCCCAUGCCUAACCUGCUUAUCUAGUUUAUUCCUCUGUCCUGUGUAGGAAUUAAAACAUGGGUGUUGCAAGUUGCCCUCGCUAAACAUAGUUUUCUAUGUCUUUUUGAAAAAAUUAGAAUGGGGAGUAUACAAGAUUAAGCUACAGAGUGAUUUUUUUUUUUUGACAACUCUGGUGGCCUUCCUAAAUAUACUAAGAAUUCUUUCAUGUGUUGAGACACACCUUUAUCAUUGUUUGCAGCACUUUAAAAAAAUAUGAAAUAAAAGUUUACAUGUUAGACCUCUCUAGGGAUCUUGUUAAGAACAUUAAAAUACAAUUUUUGAACUGCUAACCAUCAGCUCUUCUUAAAUAUUGUCAUCAUUGUAUAGUGUAUCUAGCAGUACAACAUUCUGGUGUUUUGGUAACAGUAGAACUCAAUUUCAGUAACUAUUAGGAGCUAGGUGUGUGCCCUAACAUUAAAAAUGUUACUAUUAUAAUGCGAUUGUCCUUUAUCAUUUAUUGAACAAUGCAAUAUUUAAACUUGUAGCACAAAGAUGACUGGUAAUUUCUAAAAGAUUAGAUUCUUAAAACUCUUCAUUUGUUUCUAAGUAAACUUAUUUUAAGGAAGCUGAUUUUUGAAUCAGGGGCCUUAAAAGUAUCAUAUAUAAGCUACAUCAUUUUUAAGUCUAAAGUAAAACACUUGAGUAAGCUAGUUUAUUAACUAAAGAUGUUGUCUUAUUAAGUGUUAUAUUUCAGCACAUUUCAUUCAACAUAAAAAGAAUAUAAAAUGUUCCUGAUUGUGGGAAACUGUGAGUUUUCCCUCAAAAUUAGCUAGCAUUUCGUUUACAGUGCUUUGACUAUUUGACUUAGGAAAAAUUAUUACACUGAUAGUGAAUUGUGGGGUGCUGAUUUAGGUCUUCAUUCAUAUGCAUGUAAAAGAAGUUGAUAACCCUCCCAUGGUAUUUGAGAGUGAAGGGAGGAACGGGCAGGAGGAUAAAGUAUCACUAAAAAAGAAGAGAUUGUCAAAUGGAUGCAUUCCUAGUCAUGAAUUAAGCUUCUCAGAACAUUUUUAAAGCAAUGCCUUUGUUACAUUAACCCUUCUCCAUUUGUUGGCAUAGAAUGUGGCAUGGCCAUAGGUGAAAAAACUUGUCAUUAAAUUGUAAAAUCAUGAAUAUAAGCAUUUUGCUAUGAUGCCCUUUUAUACUUAUGUUUUUAAAAGUACUAGUCUACAUGGAGGAAUUUAGGAAUAGUGGAAAUAUAAUUUGCUUAAGUGGUAGGUAAACAGGAAGGUUUAGAAUUCCUACUAAGAUUACAUGAGUCUGAUUUUAUAAGUGGUAUGGGAUAUAUAGUUAAGUGUAGAUCAUAAGUUAAAGGACCAGGGGACCUAAUUCUUGUCAGUUUCCAGUUUACAUUGGUGCCAUUUAGGACUCAGGCUGUUUACAGGAAAUAUGUACUUAGCAAAGUACUAUUUUUCCUUUAAAAAUUUUGAAUUCAGCUUAAAAUACAGAAUAUGUAUAGCUUGCCAAAAGGGAUAGAGAAUAAAAAUAUUCCUGUAGUUCCUGUAUUAAUGCAGUAGAGUCAAAGGUUCCUAAAGCCAGAAAAACCAUAAGUAAAGACUCAAAUUUAGAGCUUUAGGUCAUAACUUGAAAAAGUAGGGAAGGGCAAAACAGAACAUAAAAUAUUUUUUCUUAAUGAGGAUGAACAGUGUUUUCUUAUUUUAAGAAUGUUUUGUCUAUUUGCCAGCAUUUUUUUUUAAAGUUAAUGCACUGCUGCUACCUGGAAGGUGUCUAAUUUCAUUUUGUACAACUUUUAUGUGAUUUUGCCAUUGUCAUUAAGAUGCAUUAAUUUUAUUUAUGCUGUGUAUGAUUUUAAAUAUCUAAAUGCUGUAUGAAGCGACUUGUGUUAAAGAAAUAAAUGAAGUGAAAAC